AUGUCUACCAAAAUCUUGCGCGCCAGCAAGCUCAUCUUCGAGGAAGCAAUGCCAGUGUUGCAUGGGAAGAUGCAGCUUCGCCUCGUGAUGCCGACAAAAGCUAUCGCGAACGAUGAGAUCAUCAUUGCCAAAGUUCCAACCCAGCUGUCGCAGUUACCACACUACGCGCGACAGCAAAUCCGCGGAGUUCUAGUUGUGAGCUCCACUGCAGACAUCUGUUCUGUCGCCGGUGAUGAAGUUCGCGGAUUUUGGGACGAUGUCAAGACUGUGCUGCCAAACAUCACAUUCAUUCGACUGCACUUUGACCUUGGAAACAUGGUCCGCGAAGCCGAUACGCAUUUCGACAAUAUGUCCGCUGUCGCCACACUGCCAAAGCUGCUCACAGUUCUCGUCGAAGCCUUUGCAGGCCGCUUCUACUACAAUGCGCCGACUUCGAAUGUGGGCAACAGGACCCAAGCCAUCAACCGACUGCGCUGCAAGCUCAUUUCCACCGUCAAAACCAGCGCUGAAGGCCACAACAUCAAGGUCGUCGACGGGACCACCAAGUCCGAGACUCAGGCAUAUGAGAUUCUGAAGCCUGUCGAGCAGGCCCUCCACAAGCUCAUGAGAGCGACGAGAUGGCAGACUCCAGAUGACGACCCAACGUCUGAAGCUAGUCAAGCUAGGCCUUCUGGAAGUGGGCGAGCAUAUCAAAGGCGUCGAUCGCAGUGGAGAUGGAGAGGGCUGCAAAAGAGGGCUGGUGGUCACGUUUUGGGACUACGUCUCGUCCUACUACUGGCCGCAGGCGAGGGCCUGGGAGAACCAAGUCAGCGGCGAUAA